AUGGCAUUGCCAACCGACUGGACUCACGGAAAAAUAUCCGAAGUACGGAGUUUUGCCGAUGCGUGCGAUAUUGGAGUGUUCGAUCACCUCAUCGUUGCCGUUGCUAUGAUCUGGGACCAACGGGACUAUACAUCUGACCAGGACUAUGAUCUGUCAAAUCCAUUAUCCUCCACUUCAGGCCUUCGCCAGGGAUUGACUUCAUAUGGCGACGCACAUUUCUCUCUGUUUCUCAGGAAAGUCUUCAUCAAGGCGUUGGGCUACUCUGAAGACGCUCUUUCCCGUCCUAUUAUUGGAAUUAUCAAUACUUACUCGGGAUUUAACCCAUGUCAUGCCAACGUUCCACAACUCAUAGAGGCUGCGAGGCGAGGGGUCCACCUCCAUGGUGGUUUGGCCAUUGAGUUCCCUACCAUUAGUGUGCACGAGUCAUUCUCGUACCCGACCAGCAUGUUCCUGCGGAACUUGAUGAGCAUGGACACAGAGGAGAUGAUCCGUGCUCAACCACUGGACGCCUGUAUCAUGAUUGGAGGGUGUGACAAGACUGUUCCUGCACAGUUGAUGGGUGGUAUCUCUGCGAACAAGCCGAUCUUGCCCCUUGUGACAGGACCUAUGAUGCCGGGUAGUCAUCGGGGCCAAAGAAUAGGAGCGUGUACCGAUUGCCGGAAUAACUGGGCUGCGUUUCGGGCAAAGGAGAUGGAUAUCGAAGAAAUCUCGGCUCUCAAUGAAGAGCUUGCACCAACGAUCGGGACAUGCGGUGUGAUGGGCACUGCCAGCACAAUGGCUUGCAUUACUGCUGCUCUGGGAUUGAUGCCACUUUGGGGAGCUUCUGCUCCAGCAGUCUCGUCAGCAAGAAUCAGGGUAGCAGAAGAGACAGGGGCAAACGCCGUAGCAGUAGCGGUCUCUAAGCGGAAGCCACAAGAUAUCCUGUCCGAAGAGUCAUUUGUAAAUGCAAUUACCGUGUUACAGGCCAUUGGGGGUUCAACAAACGCUGUAGUGCACCUACUCGCUAUUGCGAACCGACAUCCCGAACUGACUGGGGUGAUAACUCUGCAAAGCUUCGAAGAGAUUGGUCGGAAAACGCCUUUACUGAUUGAUCUUAAGCCGAGUGGAGAUAAUUAUAUGAAUGAUUUCCAUAAUGCCGGCGGCAUGCUGGCGUUGUUGCACACCCUACGUCCGCUUCUCCAGCUUUCGGCCAUGACCAUUACCGGCCUAACAUUGGGAGAGCUUCUAGAUGCUUCUACUUUCCGAACAUUCCCACUUUCGAUGCAGAUAGUUCGGCCUCUAUCAGACCCUCUUUAUCCAUCGUCUUCUCUGAUUGUCCUUCGUGGGAACCUUGCGCCUGAUGGCGCUAUUAUGAAGGCAUGCGCAUCCAAGGAUCGGAACCUGCUCUCUCAUACAGGACCAGCCAUGGUCUUUGAAAAUGCGGCAGAUUUAGCGCGACGGAUUGACGACCCAGAGCUUCCAGUCACCAAGGACUCUGUUCUCAUUCUCCGGGGGAUCGGCCCCGUCGGCAACCCUGGGAUGCCAGAAUCUGGUCUGAUUCCAAUUCCCCGCAAGCUCGCUUCCGCAGGCGUCCAGGAUAUGCUGCGCCUCUCGGAUGGCCGAAUGUCUGGCACGGCUGGAGGUACAAUCAUUCUUCAUAUAUCUCCCGAGUCCGCACUGGUUAAAUCGCCGUUUGGCUUGGUACAAACCGGGGAUCUGAUCACCUGUGAUGCCGACCGCCGAAAGUUGCAGGUGCAGGUUUCGGCCGAGGAAUUGAAAAGGCGCAUUGACACACGGAAACAGCGGUUGACUGAUGGAACCCGUAAUACCGUGCCACAGCGAAGGAAAAGAGGAUACAUUGGCCUGUACGAGCGAUGUGUUAACCAAGCGCAGCACGGGGCUGAUUUUGAUUUCCUCUCGGCGAACGGGCCGGAUAGUAAAUAA